GUAAAUAAAUAUUAAUUUCUCCAAAUUCACACACUAUGUACGCGCGUACCUUUCGAAAAUUAACACAAUACUAUUGCGAUGCUUGGAAACUUCUUAGUGCUCGCUUUAAACAAGCUACGGCGACAGAAUUAGUCCAGAGGCGGAAUUCUUGGAAGAGCUUGGUAACCCUGCCAGUAUUUGUUGUUGCGCGCUCCGUUGCUUGGAAAGUGGCCAUGGCGAGUGAGGAAAAGCCGAAAAAGAAACGGACCCAAAGCAAGGAAAAGUACGUUACCACCCUGGAGGCAAAAGCACCACACUACCUAAAUUCACUCAAGGUGAGAUGGGAGCAGCUGCACGAGAUACCCGGCCUCUUCGCGUACCAACUGGAGAAGACCCGCCAAAGUCGUGUACUGCCGGGAAAGUACCAGUUCUACACCGAGCUCAAUCCAGAUCGCACACUGAAGCGCCGCAUCCCUCAGACCAUUGAGAACCUCAAUCCCACGUUCAAGCCAAAGCAGUUCAACUUCAACAAGGUCGACGCCCUGGAGGUGAUGAUGACCAUCGACGACGUUGACAAUACCGACGUCCAGAUGAUAAUCAACAGGAGCCCCCUCACUAGGUUCCACACUGUCGUCUGUCCCGACGUGAAGAACAAUCUGGUGCAAAGAAUCACUGCUCAUUCGCUGAAAUUUUGCAUCAGCUUCAUGCGGGGACUAGACGACAGUGACAUUCGCAUGGGCUACAACAGUCCUGGGGCUUUGGCCUCCGUGAAUCACCUGCACUUCCACCUGCUGUACCUGCCCAGAGAUCUGUACAUAAACAACGUGGAACUGCAAGAGCUGGCCGGUGGGUAUGUGUAUCGUUUGAGCCAGUCGAUGCCUACCGAGGCGAUCUGUGUGGUCUUCGAGGCCAAUGACGACGAGGCCGAGGUGCAGGAGAAGGUUAACAACCUGCAAAAGCUUGCCAAUUGGAUGUGUGGACAGAAUAUACCCCACAAUCUGUUCAUUACCCAGGAUCGACGACCUGGCAAGCGGGGCAGUGUGCAAGUAUUUGUCUUUGCGCGAUCCCACUACUGUGUCAACAAGGAUUUGGCUGACUUUAAUGUGGGAUUCUGUGAAUUGGCUGGAUACAUUCCCGUGGGAAAUUCAGAAAAAUUGGAUAAUCUCACAGAACCGCUGGUUAUAAAAAGAAUUCGUGAGGUCACCGGCACAGCCCCGCAGGCGUUAUACACUCGAAUGAAGCAGAUAGUGGACGGAGAAGAUCAGUCGAUUUGGGAUCAGCCUUUAACGUUGUAAAAAGAAUACACAUAAAGACCAAGAGGCUAUUUAUUUACA